AUGGUGCGCGCGGCGCGGGUCGAUGCGACGGCCUCGGCUCAGUCGGCCGCCAGCCGCCAGCGCCCAGCAGCGCACCGAGCGCAGCCCCGCUCGCCGCCGCGAUCCGAGCCGCGACUGUCCGAGUGUUGCGAUGAAGGUCUUAAAAAGAAGAAAAAGGGGAAAAAAUCCAAACGUAAAGGUGAAGAAGAGCUUUUUACUGAAGAAGAAUUAGAAAAGUAUAGAAGAGAGCAUCAGCAGCAAAGUACUGACAGUGGCGAAGGUACUACCAAAGAAAAUGAGGAAUGGUCUAAAUUCAAAGACUUAACUACGGGCAUAGAUACUGUGCUAAAAAAAACACAAGGUGACCUAGACCGCAUCAAAUCGACUUCGUUUUUUCAACGCAUACCUCCAAAACAGGCUGAGCCCGAAAAAAAGGUACCACCACCUAGGCCUGUUGUUGAGGUUACUGAAGCUGAUUUUCCACAGCUUAUUCAAGCUCAAACAGAUGCUGACGAAGAUCGCAGUGAGUACGGCGUGACUGACGACGAGUCCGAAGAAGAAGAGCAGGACGAUAUCUUCGAUACCUCGUAUGUGGAGGCUGUUGAACGGGGGGAAGUAAAACUCGGGUACGUGCCUGACUCACCCGAAGAAUUUCAGGAUGACGAUAUCUUUGAUACAUCCCACGUCGAUGCUUUAAUAAAAGGUCAAGAAGCCAAAACCUCUAAAGGAAAAAAAUCGUUAGACAUUGGAAUAGCUGUUGGUGUUCUUACUGGCCGAAUAGAUAAUGUAACGGUUACUAGUAAACGUUCUAAAAGAGUAAUUCCUGGUGACUUAUUAUUGGAUAAUACUGACACAAAUGACGGGAGACCAAGUGAAACAAUAACUGUAGACGAGUCCAUUGAGAAAAGUAUAUUGGACCUUGAUACGGACGUCCCUAUAACGACACCAAUAGACUUAAGCGUAUCACUUCACACGUCUUUGAUUCAACAAACGAAAGGUGAUACAGAAAAGGCGAAUGAUUUUUUCUCUGCCGAUCAGACGCAAGCCGAUGAAGAGAUUGAUGAAUUUACAUUACUUGCCGCAAAGUCACUUGAAGUCAACUCGGAUGUUGCAAAACUAGGAGAAACCGAAAUAAAGGCGGAACCUGUCUUACAAGAGUCAUGGUCAGCUUUUGAAGCUGAUAAGAAUGAAUUUGUGUUUGCUGAAAGUAUCAUUGAAGAUCAAAUAGAUGUGCUUGAUCCUUAUUUAGAUCAAGACGAUCCGUUUGACACUAGUUUUGCGGACGCUGUUAUACCCGUUAACCAGUUUCAAGCGAAUAGAGAAGCAGUAAUUCUUGAAGACGACGACGAUUUUGACCCACGAUCUGAUGAAAAUCGAGUAAAAUUAAAUAAUAGGCGAAAGUCUUCAGUUCGUAUUCAUUUAACCGAUCCCUCAGGAGUACGAGAAUCCAUUACGUCUGACGAUAUUAUUGACAAAGAAGAUAGUCAUUCAGUCCGGGAUUUGUUGGGAGGCAGUACCACAGAUUUAACUCAGCUAGGAGACUCGCCUCUAGAUCCAGUGGAUAUCAAUAACUGUGAGAUCGACCCAUUUGAUACUACUAUUGUUGAUAGCAUUGUUGCUCCCGGUAAGGUAGAAUUAAAACUUUUAGAACAAGAAUUAAUAACUUCAAGCUCUUCUACAAUAUAUAGAGUUCCAAGUGAUCCCGAUUUUGAUCCGAGAGCGGACGAACCAAAAAAAGCUGAGCGCCGAGCUUCUCGCCCUGAGAACUUAACGGUUAGUAAGAGUGUUGUCUUUAACGUUGACUCAGAAGAAUCUUUAGGCGUUGACACAAAAGUUAAGUCAAAUAAACCAGUCACACCUUACUAUACUCGCGAGCUUUCAAUCACUGAAGACGCCAGCGAAGAAGCAGAAGCUGCCGACAUUGUGCCUGACACGUUGACACGCACGCGGUCUGACGAAGACUUGACACCGAAGGUUAACUAUCAAAAUAAAAGAAGGCAUUCAGAAUAUUCUCGGACAGGUGACAUAAAACCUAGUGAUCUAUUCAACAGUGCUGAAGUUGAAGUAAAAACUAAAGUACUAACACCUUCAGAGCCACUUCGACCUUCGACGAUAAUUGAUCCUUUCGACACUUCUUUUGCAAGCAAUAUCGUCCCUUGCAAAACUGAAUUAAAACUUUUGGCCAAGGAAUUUUCUUGCGAGGAAGAAGAUAACUCACAAGACACCAAGCACGAUUUAUUGGAUCCAUCCGACGAUAUAUUUCAAGCAAAAGCUCUGACUCCAGAACCUUCGGGCUCUAAAUUGACAAAUACAAACUUUGAUCCAUUUGACACAUCUUUUGCUGGUGAUCUGAACCCGGCCGAUACGGAACCUGAUGCAGUGACUUCUGAAAAUCCCUUCGCUACGAGUAAUCCUUUUUCUGAUUUCGGUAGUGGAUAUGAACCACCUGCCGGAGAUACUGUACCCGUAGAUAUCUUUAGCGGCAUAGAACCGGCUGGCAUUGGAGCCAAGCAAUACGAAGAAUUUUCAGAAAAAAAAUCUACACCACUGGAUAUAUUCACCAGCAGUCCAGUGGAUCAAGACCGGCUAGUCAAACCAACUGAACUCGACUUAGUUGUUGCUACGGACGACCAUCCAUUUUCAAACGAAGAAGAAGAUCAAAGUCAUCAUUUGCCGGCCCGACCUUUGCCACCUGAAACUCAAAAUUUAAUCUUAACUGUGACUGGUCAAAUGGAAUUUACAAGUUCACAUCUUUUGGACCGCAUCCCCCCUACACGCACUCCGAGUCCUGUGUCGGUGCGAGAUAUUCAUUCGCCUAGCCCCACGCCAGAGCCUGAGCAUUUUGAGGAGCCGAUAAGCGAUAACUUCGAUAUAAAUCGCAACAAACCAACGCGGCCACCGCCGGCCCGGCCACCACCAGCGACCCGCCCGCCGCCUCCGCGGCCUCAGCCACCGCGCCCACCCACAGCUACUCCGCUGACUCAACCAGUAGCGCCACCACCCACACAACAUUCAGAUGACAUUAAUCUAUUCGAUGCACCCAUGCCUACCACUAUCAAACCUACUAAAGAGGCUAUUUUGAGCUUAUAUACGGCACCAAAAAAAGAAGAAAAGCCAAUUGAUUUCUUAAGCGAUGAUUUAUUAGAUGACGUCUCCACUGAUGUCAAACACGACAUCUCACAACAUCUCGCAGGAGAAGUGGCGACAUCUGUCGGUGCUCUUUCAGGGCAAACCAGUUUCGAGCCGGAGGAACUCAAAUCAGCGAGUGUGACAAUAAGCAAUGUGUUUUCAUCUACCAUAGACUCCAAAGCGGACACAGUGGCACCCAUGGAUUGUUCGGAGCCCCAGAUAGAGGAAGCCUCUGCGACUUGUAAUACUUCCCCAUUUGGGGAUGCUUUGAAAGACGACUUCUCAGCGCAAUCAGCUAGUAUAGAUGUUGAACGGAAUCCAUUUGAGAAUACCAUUGAUUCGGUAGACGUGGUUGCCCAGUUACCUGAAGCUGUAGAUAUAUUUGGCGUGAAAUCAGAUGAUGUUGUAAUGACAAGUAGUAACGAAGUUUUUAAUAAUGCCAAAGAAAACAUUUUUGAGAUUUCAUCUAUAAGUGGGACAGGUGAAAUCCCGAGUGAUCCAUUCCAUUCGGCUACAAAUGAAACGAACGUAAUGGCUUUAAACCCAUCUGAAGCAUUGGACAGACAAGCGGAAAGUGCUUUCGACGUGAGUGGCAUGUCGCCUUCAGCCACUGCUGACUGGGGAGCACCGACAGAAGUAACCAUGCAGGACGUCUUCCCCAGUAGUCAGGACGCGUUUGACGCAUUUUCAGCGAAGUUUGACGCCACUGCAGCAAAUAACUUGAAUACAGGAGCUUGGGGUGACGACAGCAGCGCGGAGGCGGCGCCGAGCGGCUUCGAGGCGGAGGCCUUCGACCCGUUCCUGAGCAUGGGCGCGCCGCCGCCGCCCGCUGCCACGCCGCGCCUCGACCACCAGGCCUCUCGAGACUCGGUGGACGAUACCUUCUCGGUCUUCAUCAGGCCGAAGGACAGCGAGGCGGGCGGCGAGGAGGGCGCCGUGCCGGUGCUGGCGCCGCCGCCGCGGCCGCAGGCGCUGCCCGAGUCCCCGCGCGCCAACCCCUUUGACAAAAGCGGCUUCGAGGAGCGCCGGGAUCCAGUGUUCGGUACUGACUACAAGCGAGGAGAGGGCGACGCGGGUAGCGAGGGUGAGGGCGAGGGCCCGCCCACUCCGCUGUUCGACGAGGACGUGUCGCAGCCACUGGAGGACUUCCCGCGCACCAAGUACACGGGCCCCGGCUGGGAGAUGCACCUGCGCCAGCCCAACAAGAAGAAGAUCACGGGACAGAGGUUCUGGAAGAAGAUCUUCGUGCGCGUGGCGCUGGUGGGGGACAAUCCUGUGGUGCAGCUGUACAACAGCGCGGCGGACAAGGAGCCCUUCCAGGAGCUGCCCCUGCAGGCCUGCUACUCCGUCUCCGACAUUGGCGCGCAGCAGUUUGAUCAGUUCGGCAAGAUCUUUACCGUGAAGCUGCAGUACGUCUUCUACAAGGAGAGGCCUGGCGUCAGGCCGGGCCAAGUGACGAAGGCGGAGCGCAUCACGAACAAACUGUCUCAGUUCGCGGCGUACGCCAUCCAGGGGGACUACCAGGGCGUCAAGGAGUUCGGCAGCGACCUGCGCAAGCUGGGCCUGCCUGUAGAACACGCGCCGCAGGUGUCGCAGCUGUUCAAGCUGGGGUCGCUGGUGUACGAGGACGUCAAGCAGUUCAGCUGCUGCGUGGAGGAGGCGCUGUUCCGCCUCGCCGCGCACCGCGACCGCGCCCUCACCUACAAGAUGGAGGAGGUGCAGAUCACGGCGGUGGACGAGCUGUACGUGGAGCAGGACGCGGAGGGCUCGGUGCUCAAGCAGAUCGCAAGGGUGCGCCUGUUCUUCCUCGGCUUCCUCAGCGGCAUGCCGGACGUCGAGCUGGGGGUCAACGACCUGCGGCGCCAGGGCAAGGAGGUGGUGGGCCGCCACGACAUCAUCCCCGUCGUCACCGAGGAGUGGAUCCGAGUCGAGGACGCAGAGUUCCACGCCUGCGUGCAACCUGAAGAGUUCGCCAAUACGCAGAUAAUCAAGUUCAAGCCGCCGGACGCGUGCUACAUCGAGCUGAUGAGGUUCCGCGUGCGGCCGCCCAAGAACCGCGAGCUGCCGCUGCAGCUCAAGGCCGUCUGGUGCGUCACCGGGAACAAGGUCCGUCCUACACCACCUACACUACCCACCCUCGGGAUGUCCAAAGUGGAGCUGCGCGCGGACGUGUUGGUGCCGGGGUUCGCGUCGCGCAAGCUGGGCCAGGUGCCGUGCGAGGACGUGGCCGUGCGGUUCCCCAUCCCCGACUGCUGGAUCUACCUGUUCCGCGUCGAGAAACAUUUCCGAUACGGCUCCGUCAAGUCGGCGCACAGCAAACUCUUUUGCGCCCUGCACCCGAUAUCAGUUCAGAGAAGUCCGGAAAUGGUUCACGAGUAUGUGAUCCUGGGACAAAUGAUCCGGUUGGUCAGGUCCAGGUUCAAGAAGCGAACGGGCAAGAUAAAGGGCAUAGAACGGUUCCUGGGGGCCGUAGACACCUUGCAGGAGUCUCUCAUCGAGGUCACCUCCGGCCAGGCCAAGUACGAGCACCAGCACCGCGCCAUCGUCUGGCGCAUGCCGCGACUGCCCAAGGAGGGCCAGGGGGCGUACACGACGCACAACCUGGUGUGCCGCAUGGCGCUGACGUCGUACGACCAGGUGCCGGCCGAGCUGGCCAGCCACGCCUUCGUGGAGUUCACCAUGCCCGCCACGCAGGUGUCGCACAUGACGGUGCGCUCCGUGUCGCUGCAGGACCACGACGGCGACCCGCCCGAGAAGUACGUGCGCUACCUGGCGCGCCACGAGUACAUAGUGGGCAUCGAGCGCACGUCGGGGCAGGCGGCGCCGGCGUACGCGCUGGCGACGGCGGGCCGCCACGCCGACGCCGCGCCGCCGCCGCCGCCCGCCGCCGCGCCGCUGCCGCAGCCGCCCUCUUCCGACUCCGACUCCGACUAG